UCCCGGCUUUGGGAGCUUCUGUCGCGGCCUCCUGGCUUGGGACGGGCGGGUUUGGGCAGCCGGGCCUGUGGGUGAGGGGAAGCCGCUGUCUGCGAUGGCAAGUGUGCUCUGUAACAGAGCAAGAUUGGUCACCUACCUCCCAGGGUUUUACUCCUUAGUCAAGAGAGUUGGAAAUCCCAGGGCUUUUUCUACAGCAGGUUCCUCGGGCUCAGAUGAGCCUCAUGUUGCUGCGACUCCUCCUGAUUUGUGUCCAAGAACUGUCUGGCCAGAUGAAGUAAUGGGUCCAUUUGGGCCUCAGGACCAGAGAUUCCAGUUACCUGGGAAUAUUGGGUUUGACUGUCACCUAAAUGGCACUGCUUCUCAGAAGAAGAACCAAGUUUCCAAAAACCUGCCUGAUAUAUUAGCAGAGCCUUCAGCAAGUGAAAGGCAUGAAUUUGUAAUGGCACAAUACAUCAAUGAAUUUCAGGGUGCUGAUGUUCCACAGAAACAGCAAAUAAACAAUGCUGAAACUUACUUUGAAAAUGCAAAGGUAGAAUGUGCAGUUCAAGCUUGUCCUGAGCUCUUAAGAAAAGACUUUGAGUCAAUGUUUCCUGAAGUGAAUGCCAACCCUCUGACAGUGUUAACUGUCACCCAGAAGACUGAACAUGAUAUGACUGUGUGGAGUCAAGAAGUGGAGGAUGAGAGGGAAAUGCUCUUAGAAAAUUUCAUUAAUGGUGCCAAGGAGAUCUGCUAUGCAAUUUGUUCUGAAGGCUACUGGGCUGACUUCAUUGAUCCCUCCUCAGGACUGGCAUUUUUUGGACCUUACACAAACAACCCCCUGUUUGAAACAGACGAGCGCUACCGCCACCUGGGCUUCUCUGUGGAUGACCUGGGCUGCUGCAAAGUGAUUCGACACAACAUCUGGGGUACCCAUGUGGUUGUGGGGAGCAUUUUCACCAACGCUGAGCCUGACAGCCCCAUCAUGAGGAAACUAAGUGGAAAUUAAGGGUUUUACCAGCCCCUUCCACCCUCUGCAUUCUGUUACUCUGAUGAUUCUCUCGAAGCGUUGUCAGGAAAUGCCACACCUUCAAAGUCUUCUUAGAUAAUAAAGUGGCUGGUAUUUAUUUUUAGUCUUUGUGAAUCUCUUCACCACAUGUGGCUUAGAAUAUUAAUUAACGUUCUAACCUUCAUGUGCCACAGGAGUUUUAAGCUGUGAGUGACUUUUAAGCCUGUACAUACCCACCUGCAUAUCCUCUGAACCAUUUUGUCUUUCAGUGUCUGGCAAAUCUGGGCUCUUAGCAUUGAAAAUCCUGAUGUCACUGAAGGGUCUAGGAAUUUUGCCACUUCCUGGAAUAAGUAAGUGGCAAAAAAAAGUGGAACAAUGAAAUUGUUCUCCCAGAAUAGAGGACUUAAUAAAACCAGCAGAAGAUAAUGCUGGGACUAAUCACUCAUUUGCUAUUCUAAACUGAGAAUAAUGAGAAACUUUUAGUGGUCUCUUAAGGACAGGCAAUACUUCAGCAGGGAAGGGUUUGCUUGAUUGGUUCAUCCAGAGACUCAGUAAAAAUUCCUAAGUUACUCUAGAAUUAUCCAUCUCAUAAGGUGCUUUUCUUUUCAUGUUGCUUGGGAUUUUAUUUCCUCAGUGUUAGCUAAAUAUAUUUAAUUAGUCUGUAAAUGUAAAUGUAAUUUAAAGUUCCUUUUGUAACUUUCUUAGGUCAUUAAAUACAUUGUGGAAA